CCCUGAGGGUUAAAUGCACAGAGUUAAUUUCUCCAAUGUGAGCUCAAUAAAGUUCAAUAGCCUGAAUAAAGUGUAGCCUAACAACCUGCUACACAGAAAUCUGCUGGUAAAUACCCCGACGUCUGAUCAGUUAUCCAAAUUAUCUGCAAUGGCUCCUACAUGAUGCAGAUUUUUUUUGUUUUUUGCUUCCAUUUAGAUGAUGAAAAUAACACAUAAUUGCUAAUAUUGACUGACAUAUUAGUGUAUCAAGAAGAAUGGUUGAAAAGAUGAAAGUGUGACCCCUUUUUCCAGAAGUGCUGCAAACUCAAAAGAUUUGUUGUUGUUUUUUUCUGACUGAUGCUGAAAUGUUUUUUUUGUUUUUUAAUGUUUCAUAGAGCUGAAGCAAAGUUUCUUCAUUAGCCCCAGUUUGUAAUCGGUUGUGGGGACAAUCCUGUCAGAUGACCGAUGGAGAAUUUGUGUGAAUGAAGUGAACUUCUGCUGAAUGCAUUCAUGGCUGUCCAGACUGGCAUCCCGGUUUGGUUCGGUAAGAAGUUCGCCUCCCCCCCGCAGAGUCCUCGCAGCCCCUUACUGCAGCGGCACGGCCCCGGCCUGGCUGACGUCUACCAGUAUAACCAGUGGCUGGCGGUUCGCCAUGAGGCCACCCUGGUGCCCAUGCAGGAGGACCUGGCCAUCUGGCUCAGCGGCCUGAUGGGAAAGGAGGUGAGAGCCGAGUUUUUCAUGGAGGACCUGGACAACGGCGUGAAGCUUUGCCAGCUCAUCGGCGUCCUGCAGACCAAGGUGGCCCAGAGCUGCCCCUCGGCGCUCAGCAAGCUCUUUCCAGUCAGAAAGAUUUCUUGCAAGUGUAACGCCUCUCCAGGGUCCUUCUUCGCUCGGGACAACACAGCCAACUUCCUCGCCUGGUGUCGACACAUCGGCGUGGACGAGACCUACCUGUUUGAGUCAGACGGCCUCGUGCUGCACAAGGAGCCUCGGCAGGUGUGUCUCUGCCUGCUGGAGAUCGGACGCAUCGUCUCAAAAUACGGCGUGGAGCCGCCGGCGUUGGUGAAGCUGGAGAAGGAGAUUGAGCUGGAGGAAAGUCUGCUGAUGGCAGGAGAACGCCCUCCUGCCGUGCAAACCUUCAGCGUGUGCUGCCAGCAUGGCGCCCUCUACCAUGCCGAGGAGCACGGCGGGGACGACCCACCAUGCAGCUGCUCCAACAAGUUCUCUCUGGAGUAUCUGUCUGAAGGACGCUACCGGCUGGGCGAUAAGACCAUCUUCAUCAGAAUGCUGCGUGGGAAACACGUGAUGGUGCGCGUGGGCGGGGGCUGGGACACCCUGAGGGGCUUCCUGAUGAAGCACGACCCUCUGCGGGUGCUGCAGUUCACCACGCUAGAGCAGAAGAUCCUGACCUUCCAGAAAGGGCCGCCUGGUUUGGGGGGUCACCAUGACAACACGCCGCUGCCCCCUUCUCCUGAAAUGGACCCUCUCGCCGAAAUCGACGACCUGGUCUCCUCCUCCUCUUCGUCAUCCUCCUGCUCUUCCUCAGGGUCGACCAGUAAGCCCACGUGUCACUCAUCCACCCCCUCCCCCUCAUGCACCCCCACCCUGUCAAGGAAAGGUAAUGCAAUGCCCAGGAAGAACCUCCCGAAAACCCCCUCCUCCUCCUCAUCGUCCUCCUGCUCUUCAUCAGAGGCGACCAGUAAGCCCACAUGUCACUCAAGCACCCCCUCCCCCGCCCGCACCCCCAACCUGCCGAGGAAAGCUUCUGCCAUACCCAGGAAGAACCUCCCGAAAGCCCCCUCCUCCAGGAAGCCCACCGAUCUCCCUCUGGCCGCCCCUAAAGCCCCCUCCCCCAUAUGCAAAUCCUCCAGGCGGCCAAGGGACGGACCGGUUCAGCGUGGCACCCCGAAUCUAAACCUCCCCAGGAGCCCCGUCUGCCCAGAGCCCUCCUCCAAGUGCCCCAAACCCUCCACCCCCACGCCCCGCCCCAACGCGCCCUCCAAAGAUGCUCUGCCUCCGUCCGGCUUUAAUCAGUGCUCCCGGCUCGCGCAGAGGCGCCCCGGCUCCCCCGCAUCGCGCCUCCGUCUCCAAACAACCAGGAAAGCGAGGGCGGCGCCGGAGCCGAGGAAAGGAGCCCAGGAGUCCCCCAGCUCUAGAACUGCUCCCCCCGCCCUGACACCCACCAGCAACAGGGCAAAUAUGAAGGACACGAACAAGGCAGCGGGACCAAAGGGCAAAGCUGCCGCCACCAGAUCCACGCCGCUCCCAGUGGGCAGAAAGAUCAGGAGAGAGGAUCCAUACUUUGAAAUGAGUAAUUAACGUCAACUGUCUUUGUUUGUUUUCGUUAUUUAAUAGUCUGGGUUUUUUUUUAUUUACAUCUUAAUGGGUCAAAUACGUUUUCUAUUAAAACGAAUAAAACUCCAACUUGCACAAUUUUUACAUUUUUAACUUAGUUUUUACAGAAAAAUCAUGUCAAAGUCUUUUGUUUAAAGUGCCUUGAGAUGAUGUCAAAUAUUUAAGGUGGGGGGGGGGGAUUCCUGGCUGCUCUGUGAAGAAGCACUACGUCCCUGCAGCCUCCUCUUCCUCAUGUGCCUUCAUCAAUCUCCCUGUUUCCAAAUGACUGCAGAACAUAUCAGGCAGAAGGUGACUUCAUUCGUACUAGGGCUGUACAAUUUUGCAAAAAACUCAAUUACGAUUAUUUUUAACCAGAAUUGCGAUUUUUCUUUUCGAUAUUCCUUUGCACUAACCGUAAGCUUGUAGAUGUUUAAUCCCAGGCUUUCAGUUUUUAAAACCUUGCUUCCCCAGAGUCUAGCGUUGCUGGACUUUACUGUAACCUUGGUGUAAAAAAGUCUUUACUUCUACAGUACUCCCAUGCAUGGAUCUCUCUCUCUAUAAUAAUCUCUGUGUGGCAACAAACACACUUUAAGCAUUUUACUGCCACCUUAAGAGCUUGAGGGAGGAUUUUAGUGUCUUACUCUUGUUAAAUAUAGUGUAAUUAGAAUUGGGUGCCUCUGUGAUUUAAAAAUUGUGAUUAUAUUGCAAAUGCAGUUAAUUGCUCAGCCCUAGUUCGUACAAAACACGUGGAAGAUGGUUUGGUUUUGGAGUAACUACUGAUCAGAUGCCUUUUUAUUUAAUUUAAACUCCGUAACACUGAAAACCUGCAUUUAAACCAGAAUCUGUCAUAUUCUUUGUGGUGUUGUUUCUAAUUUUGUGAUCUAAAGUUCUAGUUUUUUAUGUUGUGAUAUCUGUGUAGUUGUUUAUACAAACAAGCUUUGAUUCUGUGCACUUUAUAGAAAUAUUUGAAUGUUUUAUCUGAUUUAAU